CGCAAAACUGGUGGGAAAAAACGCCUCUCGGGCUGACGGCCUCUCGAAGUGUUGGGUAAAAAUGGCGGAGACAUACUAUCGUGUGAUUGUAUACGCUGGAUAAGUAACACGAAACAAAUGCAGCUGGUUUAAUAUUCAGAUGUCAGAUGAGGAUAAGCCGGUUUACUGUUCAUGUGGUAAAGUUUCUGUGGCCCAGACAAAGGUUCAGACCGUUGAUCAUCAAAGUGUAGGAGGAGUUCUCCUUGUGCCUAACGGGUUAAGCGAUUACACAACUUUCUGAUCGAGGACAUCUGUUGCCAGCCAUCUUCAAAGAUGUCUGACUAUCUGACCAGAGAAUUCCAGGCCCAGCUGACUACAACCAUGGACUCAGUCCUGAGGAGAACAAUGUCUGAAAUAAUGAAGAUCUUUGAGAACAGUCUACAUGACCAUCAAAUGGCGCUGGCGCAGAAGGGAGAAGAGAUUGUUCAGCUAAAAAUAAAGUUGCAGACCGCAGAGAUCAAGCUGAGAGGCAGUGAGUGUGGAGGUGACAGAGGAGCAGAGAUGAAUAUAAGUAAGAUUAAUGAAAUGCAUAGAGAUCCUGAAGAUGUUCUGAACGCCAUUGGACAAACUUCUGAUGUUCCUGAGAUUGACUUUGAAGUACCCGAUGACUGGUGUGCUCCCCUGGGCUCCGAGACCGUGAACAAGCAAGAGGAGGGUGUGUGUCCCAGCAUAAGACUGCGCCCGCUGUCUAUUGCUCUGUGGCACAUUCCGAACAUCAAGCAGGAGGUGGUUAACCGUGACAUUGACUCCCACCAGCGAGCAAAGGGUUGCAGGAGAUCGAAGAGAGGUUCCUCAUUAAACCAGGGGCACAAACACACUCAGGACAGAAGCUUAGCCAAAUGUGACCGAGGACCAACAAAAACCGUAAUAAGAAACGACAUGAAAAAACUGCUCCUGGACAUCAAACAGGAAUAUACUGACAGAUCUGAAGGUCUCAAAGGAAGAGGGAGGCAUUUAAGAAAAGCACAACAAAAUACACUGAAGAGCAAAGGAGAUCAAAGAAAUAUCGCAGUAGCUGAGUCCAAGUCUGCAGAACGGGAAACGGUGAAAAGUAACCAUAAAAAAAGGUACUCCUGCAAGUUUUGUGAGAAGGUAUUUGACACAGAGUUUGGCCGAAGUGUGCACGUACGAUCACACAAGAGGUGUCGAGGUUGCAAAAAAGAGUUCCCUUUUCCAAGUGCUCUUAAGAAUCACAAACCAUAUUGUGGAAAACUCAAGAAAUUGUUGACAAAAAUAGCACAGUCCGCUGACCCUCUAAAACCUCAGUCCUCAGAAGAAUCGACCUCGCCAAGCAAAAAACAAGUGAUUAAGGAGGACAGCACGCCUUCCUCUAGCAACCACAGUCAAUCAUCUGUUCAGAAAGAUGGCUACACCAAAAAGCACUCCUGCGUACACUGCAACAAGAAGUUUAAUUCAAUUUGCAAGUGCAGAGACCACAUGCGUGUUCAUACUGGGGAAAAACCAUUUCCUUGCGACUUGUGCCCAAAGAAAUUCCGUGUUAAUCAGUCACUCAAAGUACACUUAACGAGAAUGCACCAAGACAAGAGUUCCAGUGAGACUAACGGAGGACUUGCGUGGACUGAGCCUUUAGAGGAGAUUGAAGAUGAUCAAGAGGAUUUGAUUUCUUCUAGCAAAGACACGCGUCAAGCAAUCGAUGUUCAGAGUGAACACAACCCAGACAAAAAGCCAAGUCGACAGUGGCAAACGAUGGGCACACGCUGCUCUAAUGGCUUUAGCUGCCUGUUGUGUCCAAAGAUUGUGAGAAACAAGUACAUGCUGACUGAACACUUUCGCACCCACACAGGAGAGAGGCCCAUCAAAUGUGACCGGUGUCCCGCAAAGUUUCAUUCUAACUGGCAGCUUAGCGUGCACAAAAAAGGGGGCUGUAAUCCUCUGAUCCAGUGUGAGAAGUGUGAGAAGAACUUCUUCUCACAAACAAGGUAUAAUAAGCAUGUGUCUAAAUAUCACAAGGACUGGUCUAUUUUCUGCAAGUUUUGUGGAAGAGGCUUCGUGGUUGCAGGACGCCUCAGGAACCAUAUGGAGCGUUGUCAUAAGUAAGCCCAGUAUACAGCUAGCAUCACCUUUCUGUGGACAUUGAAACACUGGAUGUUGUCAUUAAUGCUGGUUGAUGGUGAAGAUUCCCCUACAUAUAACAUGUUUUGAUGGCUUAAGUUAAGCUGCUCUGUUGGGUUUUUUUUUUUUUU